GGCAGGUGCGCUGUUGAACUCCUAGCAGUCGGACCAGUACCACCCGGGCUCAGCGGGGGGUUAGAAAAGAAGGUCGUUGAGCAAGGCGAAAUAGGUGACGUCUGAAAAUCACAAGAGACGUAUCACGCAGUUGUUACUCAGAGCGGACAAUGGUUCCAAGAUGUUGAAGGGAACGAAUCCGAUUUGGUCAAAGCGAUUGCGGCACUUCCACCACCGUUUUGAUGACUCGAUGACCUGAAGCAGACUCACACUUCAUCGGUUUCUUCAACAACACCGUCCAUUGUGUGUUGAUCUCGACCCUGCUGGGCGUCCUGCUGGGCGUCCUGCUUGUGCUGCGACUCAACGGGAUCUUCCAAAGCCAAACCGGAUGAGUCGAAUGCCUGCGGUUGCCAUCCAUCCAAGAAAACUGCAGACUGAAGGAGUACUUGAUUUUCUGGAAAAGAUCUACAAAUUCUUCUGCUGGAGGAGGAACUGCUUUCAUGGUCAGCAGCCUCCCUGAAGACGCAAUGCUAACUCUGUCGUUGACCAGUGAUGCUUCAGCAACAGGUUCGAUGCCCAGCUCACCAUCUUGACUCUGCUUCUUGCUCUUCCUGCUUCUUUUCGUCCUCUGGUUGAGAACGCUCUGGGCCUCGGCCGUCUGCUGCAAGCGCACCAUGAAUCGCUCAAUGUCGUCAAAACAGUGGUUGAGUAUCUCCUGGUGUGGUUGAUUGACACAUAAUCUUCUUAAUGCACCUUCUUAAUCUCAUCAUCUUAGUCAUUAAAUCCAACUCUCACCACUUCUCUUUCUGCAUUCACUUGAGAUGGAGGGUUUGAAUCCAUGAUAGCAUCAGUGUCUGAGUACAUAGUACACAUUUGCGUCACAUUUGAUGGAAGAAUGCAUACGUGUGAUAUAUUAACUUCAAUGUACCUUUUCCAUAAUCCGUGCUUGUGGGGAGCUGGUCGGAGGGAAUCUGGUGUCCCCGGAGUGGCAUGACUCGGACCCCUGAGGCCUUUCGAGGCAUCACAGGAGGAGGUGCUGCCGACAUCUGCAUGAAAGAAUGUGGAGUAUUUCGAGUGCAUGGAAGCGCCAGCUACAGGAAAAACCACCGACACCUGCUUGCAUGACAGAGAAACCUUCAUUGAAUGGCGGCGAGGAGGCGCAGUGGAUGAGUGACAAUCAGUCCGAGUCCCAAAUUGCACUCAGUCCUGACACAAAUGACGCCAAUAACGGAGACCGGCCAGCUUGGGACUCGAAGAUCCAGUACGUGUUGGCCCAGGUGGGCUUCAGUGUGGGUUUAGGGAACGUGUGGAGGUUCCCUUACCUUUGUCACCAGAAUGGAGGAGGGGCCUUCAUGCUGUUGUAUGUUUUCCUUCUUCUGGUGGUCGGCGUUCCGCUCUUCUUCAUGGAGUUGGCAGCCGGCCAGAGCAUUCGACAGGGAAGCAUCGGUGUCUGGAAGCACAUCUCCCCCAAACUGGGCGGCAUCGGCUACUCCAGCUGCUUGGUGUGCUUUUACGUGGGCCUUUACUACAACGUGAUUAUUGCAUGGAGCCUCUUCUACUUGGGGAACUCCUUCCAGUAUCCGUUACCAUGGCAGCACUGUCCCACCGACGUGGCCACCAACGACACAGUGAAAGAAUGUGCACGAAGUUCGCCAACAUCCUAUUUCUGGUUUCGGAAGGCCCUGAACAUCUCAAAUUCCAUCGAGGAAUCCGGAGAGUUGAAUUCGCUCAUGACGGGCUGCUUGCUGGCCGCAUGGACCAUCGUCUCGUUAGCCAUGAUUAAGGGCAUCAAGUCGUCUGCAAAGGUGAUGUACUUCUCCUCGGUGUUCCCCUACGUGGUGCUCUUCAUUUUCCUCAUCAGAGGCUUGAUGUUGGAUGGUGCCACAGAAGGAAUCACAUACAUGUUCUAUCCCAAAUUGGAGAUCUGGGGGAACAUGCAAGUGUGGCGGCAGGCUGCCACUCAAGUGUUUUUCGCCCUGGGACUUGGCUACGGCUCCGUCAUUGCGUAUUCCUCCUACAAUCCCGUCCAAAACAACUGCCACAGGGACGCUCUCAUGGUCUCGGGCAUCAACUUCAUGACGUCCGUGCUGGCUUCGUUGGUGGUGUUUGUCAUCUUGGGUUUCCGCGCCAAGAACAUCGCAAAGGACUGCGUGGCGACAAAUCUCGACCUUCUAAGCGUCAUGUCAGCCCAGGACCAGGACCAGCACUGGUGGCCUUGGUUCAACAUAACAGAUCCAAGCUCUGUGUCUGUCCAAGACUACAGAGAAUGGUACAGCCACUACGGCACCACGCUGGGUCAUAACAUCACCGACUGCAGUUUGGAGGAUGAGAUGAACAAGGGAGUGGAAGGGACAGGACUGGCUUUCAUAGCGUUCACUGAGGCGAUGGCUCUCUUCCCAGCCAGCCCCUUCUGGUCCGCUCUGUUUUUCCUAAUGCUGCUCAACCUGGGCCUCAGCACCAUGUUUGGGACCAUGCAGGGAAUCCUCACACCUCUCAUGGAUAAUUUCAAGCUGCUAGCACGCCAUCGCACGUUACUCACCGUGUCCAGCUGUGCUUUGGGCUUCCUGAUCGGACUUCUCUUCACUCAGCGCUCGGGGAACUACUUUGUAGCCAUGUUUGACGACUACUCCGCCACGUUGCCGUUGAUCAUCGUUGUCAUCUUUGAAACCAUCAGUGUGUCCUGGGUCUAUGGCACAGAUCGCUUCUUGGACGAUAUCGAAGACAUGCUGAAAUGGCGCCCUCCGGUGGUGUACAAAUAUCUUUGGAAAUAUGUGUGCUUGUUGGCUAUGAUCGGACUUUUGACUGCCAGUUUGUUGAGGAUGGUCUUUAAAGGACCCACAUACACAGCCUGGAAUCAAACCAUGGCCUCCGAGAUGACAUUAGAGUACCCGGGUUGGUCCCUGGCUAUGAUCGUGCUGCUUAUGGUCUUUGCCAGCCUGCCCGUUCCCAUCGGCUACAUCCACUCCACCCUGCAGCACCGCUGGCUGCCCGACGCCCACACCGAUGAAGGAGGUUCCGGCCAGGAGGUGCACCGAGACUUGUACACCAAAUGCAACUCUGUCGAACAGCUGGAUUUCAACUCAGUUACCCCCGAGGAAGACACCGCACGAUCUAGGAUCACCUUCCUGCCGGUAGGCGGCGAACACUAUCGCCUCCUGCCGCAACAGGAAGACGAUGAAGAGGAACAGCAGGACACGGGGGUGUGAGGGGACGUGUUUGGCGUGGUGGUUGAAAGCGUUACAAAUGCGCGUCCUCGGAGAUGGGAUGUAUCAGGGAGGACCGCGUUAGACACAAAUAGUUGCAGAAGCUGCUUUAAUGGCAAGCUAAAAGCUAGUUUAUUCAGUAAAACAUCACAUAGCCAGACUAAGAAUGUCGCCUUCGGAGAACAAAACAAAGAUUUCCUCCUCAUUUGCAUGCCUGUUUGUGAGGACCAAUCAGAGUGUUAAAGUUGACAUAUGAUGGAAAAGUCACUUUUUAAUUCUGUAUAUAUAUUUACUGUCCAUAUUUGGGCGACUAACCCCCUGGCUAAUUUACAUAAAACCACCCAAAUGCAGUUGUUUCUGCAUCCAUGGUUUGGAAGCUCCAAAGAUUAAGAUCCACUUCCUGUUUUUGGGCUCCACACCUUUUUCACUUUCACACUCUUGCUUGCACUCCCACACAUCCCACACCACACAAAACCGGCUCAUCUGAGCAGUGCUACUCAGACAGGGUUUGAAUUGUGCUGCAAUUCUUCAUCUGUGGUGUGUUUUGACGAUAUUAUUAAGACACUCGUACAAAAAAUGUAUUAUAUGAUAUUCUUUUAAAGUAACUUUCAAUUUCAGGAAAGUUAAUAACUGCUUUUUGGGUCCUUUAUUAUCACAAAGAAUGUGUUGUAUUAUUGUUAGAUUUUACCUCACAUGUUGAUAGCGAGUGAUGCGUUCAAUUGUAAUGUAUGUGUUGUACUAUA